CAUCUAAAAUCCUCUCGUUCCAGUAUCCAUCUCAUCGUCAUGUUUACCAGAUGCUUCUUGCCUCAUUGCCCAUGCAAAUCUAUGAGCCCACACGACGCCAUCGUCAUAGAUGUUGAGCCCAGCGCUGUUGUUAACGCGCAAGAUGCUGAGGGAGAAACCCUAGUCUAUCACUGCUCCUGGGACAUCCAACAUUCUCCCUGCGGAAUGUUCAUCGAAGGCACUCCCAGAGAUAUCCUCUCCCAUCUUCGGGAACGCCACGGCAUCGUACACAAUGCCGAAGAGGACCUCGGAUGCCGCUGGAGCCCAUGCUCGAUGGACAGAGCUCUUAAAAUGUGUAGUAUCGCGAGGCACAUCGCGAGACAUCUGGGUAUCCAGUACAGGUGCUCGCGAUGUGAACUCACGGCUCGCGACGAUGUCGUUCGAGACCAUAUUAGAAGGACCCCUGGCUGUGCUAACGCUGCAGUCCAGAUGGUUCCUGGCUCAGGAGCUCGGCGGAUAGUCUCAGCAUGACUUUUUGCACUUAGAGCGUAGAUUUUUGACUUUUAACCGAAGAUAUACCUUUGUUACUAUAUGCGUACCAUACUACGUUAGUACUUACUUACGAAUGCCGCAUGGCUGGGGCGUCGUAAAGGCGUGU